AUGGUCUCUCCUCAGCUCAGUCUGCUGCUCUUCGCUUGGUUAAUUUUGCCUUCAUGUGGGACGGAGAGAGCGAAACAACGAAGAAUUCGUCAGAGGGAUGUUGAAUUCGUUGAGAAAUGUACAGGUGGAAGCCAUGCAGGAAGCCAGAACUGUACCCGACUUUCAACAGAAGACCAUGUUAACAUGUACAGCGGCUGCCUACAGGGCCCGCCUGGCACCCCAGGCCGGGACGGUAACCCCGGGAUGAACGGCAUCCCCGGGACCCCCGGCAUCCCAGGGCGGGACGGGCUGAAGGGCGAGAAGGGAGAAUGCGCGAGCGAGAGGUUCGAGGAGCCGUGGAGACCCAACUUCAAGCAGUGCGCCUGGAGCUCCCUCAACUACGGCAUCGACCUGGGCAAAAUCACAGACUGCACCUUCACCAAGCUGCGCUCGGACAGCGCCCUGAGGGUGCUCUUCAGCGGCUCCCUCCGGCUCAAGUGCAAGACGGCCUGCUGCCAGCGCUGGUACUUCACCUUCAAUGGCGCCGAGUGCACGGGCCCGCUGCCCAUAGAGUCCAUCAUCUACCUGGACCACGGCAGCCCCGAGUUCGACUCCAGCAUCAACAUACACCGCACCUCCGCAGUGGAGGGUCUAUGCGAGGGGAUCCCGGCCGGCCUGGUGGAUGUCGGCAUAUGGGUGGGCACCUGCUCCGAUUACCCCCGAGGAGACGCCUCCACCGGCUGGAACUCCGUGUCACGGCUCAUCAUCGAGGAGCUACCCAAAUAAGCCCCCCCCCCGCCCCUGUGCCGUGCCUAUGAUGGGGGCCAUCUUGGUUCAUUUCGCGUUUCUACCACCCCACCACUAAACAGCGGCUGGUGCAAAGGGCCCAUCGCCAAGCCUCUCUGUUGU